AUGAGUACAAUCGGUCAAUGGCCUUACUUCCAACGAAUCGACAGGCCGAUAUUCGCCAAGAAGAACAAAAAGUUCUUCAUCGCUGGUUCACCUGGCUCUUCCGGGGUAACUGACCCCGAGUACGACUCACACCUAACGAAGGACAACGUCGAUUUCCUCAGGAGCAAGGGCAUCGACGGCGUCUACAGUUGGAACAACUACGCUAUCAAGUAUAAUGAGCUGCAGCUCUUCAAACCCGACAUCGACUAUGACCCAGGCGACAUCUCAAUCGAUAAACUCAAAAACGGCCUCAGGUACGAAAUGUUUGAGCCGUUCUACAAGUUCUUCCUUGCACAUAAGAAGACACUCCUCACGUUCGCGAAGGCCGACGAUUGGCGCAAGCCCAUAGCAACUGCUGUAUUACAGCUGGGACUUACGAAAGGGAAGAAUCCGCCCGAGUCGCAAUGGAAAGUAAUGGGCAUAAAGGAGUCGGAUAGAGACCUCCUGAGGAAAUGGAAGAAGAAAGUGAUCGCUGACGCGGCGGGUGAUGACGAUGGCGAUGAAGAGAAGGAGGAGGAUUGA